GGGAGAAGAUAGCAAGGUAGGAAUUCUUCAUAGUAGGUGCUUGAGGGGGUGGAAUGUGAUUUUAGGUAAUAUCUGACAUCUUCUAUAAGGUUAGGUAUGAAAGAUUAUUAAAGACAGGGGAGACUUGUUUUUAGGGUAUAGCACGUAAGAGACUGGGACUGAUGCUGAGGAAGGAGAACAAGCUUUAACAUAGAGCUGGAAACCUAGUAAAAUAAAGAGAGGAAUCUAAUAACAAGAAGCCAAAAAUAUAGAACACCUACUUCUGCUCAGAAAAACAAACCCCCAUUGGGCCUACAGGGCAGCGCCAAGUCAAUGGCUAUAUCAAGUGUUUAUGGGAGAUAAAGGAAAGAUUCUAAGCCAGAGCUGCAAGAAGGACUGAUGCCUGAGCAGCAGGGACGACCUGAGGUAUAGGACUUUAAGCUUGUUCCAGAAGACUAAACCAAACAUAUCUCGGUGCCUAAUUGCAUUACAUGUUAUAGCUGAAGCUAUUGGACAAAAUGGUGCCAAAAAGAAGCUGGAUCCACCACAGUUUGCUGGUCCCUGCUCUUCUCAUGUUCAGUGCAGCACACCGGCCGGAUAAUUCCUCCAAACCAACCCUCCUCCGUCUGUCAGACAAACUAAUGGAUGGAUACAAGAAGGGUGUGAGACCUGUGUACAACUGGAGGCAGACGACUACUGUGUUUAUAGACGUCAUGGUAUAUGCUAUAUUAGGAGUGGAUGAGAAGAACCAAGUCCUUACAACAUACAUAUGGUAUAGACAGUUUUGGGUUGAUGAAUUUCUUACAUGGGAUCCAAAGGAAUAUGAAAAUGUAUCCCAAAUUUCCAUCCCUACGGAGAAGAUCUGGGUCCCCGAUAUUCUGAUCAAUGAAUUUGUGGAUGUUGGAAAGUCCCCAGACAUUCCCUAUGUCUACGUGAACUAUGAAGGCAGGGUGCAGAACUACAAGCCUAUCCAAGUGGUCACAGCCUGCAGCCUCAACAUCUACAACUUCCCAUUUGACUUACAGAAUUGCUCUUUGACAUUCACCAGCUGGCUACAUACAAUUCAGGACAUCAAUGUGUCUUUAUGGAGGACACCAGAAGAAGUAAAGGAAGACAAGAGUGUUUUUAUGAACAAAGGAGAGUGGGAGCUGCUCUAUGUGUUGUCUCAAUACAGGAUGUUUGUGGAACAUGAGGACAGCUUUGCAGAAAUGAAGUUCCAUGUUGUUAUCAAAAGAAGACCACUCUUCUAUGCUGUAAAUCUACUUCUCCCUAGUAUGUUCCUUAUGGUCAUGGAUAUUAUUGGGUUCUAUCUACCUCCCGAUAGUGGUGAAAGGGUUUCCUUCAAGAUCACUCUCCUUCUAGGUUACUCUGUGUUUCUCAUUAUUGUAUCUGACACGUUGCCAGCUACAGCCAUUGGGACCCCACUGAUAGGUGUAUAUUUUGUGGUGUGUAUGGCACUGCUGGUCAUCAGUCUGACAGAGACUAUAUUCAUUGUUCGUCUAGUACACAAGCAAGAUCUUCAACCUCAUGUUCCUGAAUGGGUAAAGAAAUUGGUUUUGGAAAAGAUUACAGUUUUGCUAUGUAUCCGAGACAAUAACAAAUUUAGUGCAUCUCGCAUCCACAGUUCCAAUAUGUCCAGACAAACAGAGAACAGCAGCACUGCUAAACUGGCCCAUUACAAUUCAGAAAAUGCUAAAGAGUUUGAAAGACCAGUAGGAGCCAUUCUGCCAAUCAAAGAAAGCUCAAUUGUGGUGGACAGUAUCCUCCAUGAGAUCGCAUCCAUACGGCAGUAUCUAGAGAAAAGAGAUGAGUACCGGGACAUUGCAAAGGAAUGGUUGCAAGUUGGUUAUGUUCUAGAUGUCCUUCUCUUCCGUGUGUACCUGGUGGCAGUGCUUGCUUAUACAGUUACAUUGGCAACUAUGUGGUCUUACUGGCAACAGGCUUGAAAAGAUUUUUCAUUAUGAUGACCACUUCCUAUAUAAACCAAUAUUUGAAGCCAUACGAUAGUAUGAUUGUACGUUAGAUGGUUAAUGAUAAUAUACAUAUAUGGAUAAAGGCAGUAGAAUUCUUUUGUCGUGGUCCAGAUUCACAGACUUGUAUUUUAAGGACUGAGAAUAUAUACUGUUAAAGAAUACUGUUAAAGACUGUAAAAGGGGUACUCCGCCCCUCAACAUCUUAUCCCCAA